AUGAAGAUCUUCCUCACAGCAUUGGGGCUUUUGAGUUGGGCCGUCCCGGCAAAUCUGCAGGUGAUCGGUCAAAAUAACCGGACGUCAGAUAAGUUGUUGAACGCAGCAGGUGCUGAUCCCGUCUCCAAGGCUGAAAUCUCUCACAGAAACUGUUACCCGGACAUAUGUGAGUUGCUGAUUAAAAUUGGCACUAUGGAGGCACGUCUGACGGCUGGAGAAAAGAAGGCAGAGGACCACGAGCAAGCCCUCGGUGGCCUGAGGGUCGUUGUUGAGGAGCAGGAAGCUUUGCUGACCCAACAACAAGCCACCAUAGAGGAAGAGAGAGCGAAGACAGCCCGGCUGUCUGCAGCAGUGUCCACGUUGACGUCUACUGUACAGACUUUGGAGGCAAACUUGCAGAACAGGCCUCGGGUAGCGUUUUCCGCAUCGUUGUAUUCCUCUGGCAGCAAAGUUGUCGGCCCCUUCGACUCUGACAGGACUAUCGUGUUCCGGAGGGUUCUGAGCAACAUCGGAAAUGCGUACAAUUCCGGCACUGGCAUCUUUACUGCGCCUGUGGAUGGUGUGUACUAUUUCACAUUCACAGCUUUCACCGUAUCAACGCCAAAACGUGUGUAUUUGCGCAAGAACGGGCAGAACGUUGUGUCAGUUACUGACGUGGCAGACAACGAAGACAGCGCCUCCAACGGAGCUGUGUUGGAGCUGAAAAAGUGGGAUCAAGUGUACCUGGUCCUCAGUGGCUUUUCAAGGUCCCGCCACACACUUUAUGACAACAGUUAUCACUUCACAACAUUCAGGGGCUUUCUGCUCUACAGCUGA